AGUUAUCAUUGUAGCCAUUGGAAGAUUGUCGUGAAUCAAAAUGAGUGCCACACAAAAAUACACUAGAGAAAGAUUCGAGCGACUAAAGAUUGAGGAUACUGUAUUAAACUCAAGCGAUGUUAGCUCACCUGGAAUAGAAAAUAAGAAAGACAAAAAUGUUUAUAGAUCAAUGCUUCACACAUUGCAACAUAGACCAAACGGUCUAAACUCUAGAGCUAAAGUCUACGACAAUAUCCAAUCAUUAAUCAAGGCCAAUAAAGAAACAACUCAAGCUACACUUGAAGCUGAGCAAAUAACGAAAAGUAUUUUACAUAUGGAGCACAACAUUGUAGCUGCUAUAGAAAAUCAGACAAAAAUGUUGACAGCAACUAUUCGAGAAUCAAUAAAAAAUACAGAAGAUAAUAAGAGCGAAAAUGAUCGACCGUACGUUGACAAGGUUAACAAACUUGAUGUAGUUUUACAAACGCCAAAUGAAGCGAAACAUGAAAACGUACCAAAACAAAAGAAGAUGAAACAUCGACAGUUUGUGAGAGAGCAAAUAGCCGUAUACGAAUCAUUUUCAACCAAUCUUCAUUCAUUGGAAACUGGAUCAUCUUAUAAAAAAACGAAGUUAAUUGAUCUUUUUGAAAAUCAAUGCGUACAUGCAGAGAGAAAUGCAAAUAGUUUUCUCUCUCCUCAGGAGGAAAUACCCGAUAAGAAAAAUACGGUUGUAAUGAGACAAGUUAAGGACCUACGGGAAACGCCAGAAAAUAAAAAUACCAUGGCUAAUAUUGUUAGUAAACAUGAUAAAGACUUACAGAUGCCAAAAAACGAAAAGCAUGAAAACUUACCAAAACAAAAGAAGAUGAAACAUCGACAGUUUGUGAGAGAGCAGAUAGCCGUAUACGAAUCAUUUACAGACAAUCUGUAUUCAUCGGAUACUCGAUCAUCUUAUAAAACAAAGGCAAUUUCAGAUAAGAAAAAUACGGUUGAAAUCACACAGACAAAAGAGAAAUGCCAUGUUCAACAAAUAAACCUGUUCAGAGAUUUGUAUUUAGGUAUCAAACUUCAUACGAAGGAAAACUGCUUGAAAAAGCAAAUGGAGCAACCGAUUCUGAUGAAGAUCUAA